CAUUUUGUUUUUCUUUUUCAUUCAUUUAUCUUGUUCAUCUUUUCAAGAAAGGCCAAUGUUCAACAUGCCCGCCACAGAUGAACCCAUUUAUUGUUCGCAACAGAUCAAUAUACCGCCAGAAUUGCCCGAUAUUUUAAAGCAGUUCACGAAAGCGGCGAUCCGGACGCAACCAAGCGAUGUUUUAGAAUGGUCUGCUGCUUAUUUUGAAGCCUUAUCAAAAGGGGAACCACUUCCAGUAAAAGAUCGUCUUGAAGUGCCUAUUGGCGCUGCCCUUGAAAGGCCAGUCACAAAGGGUUUUAUAGAAGUAUUGCACAAACAGCUUGGUUCUAAACCAGUAAUCGAACGGUCAUCAUUGGAAGAGAAAUGGAGGCAUUUAUCGUUACCAGAUGACACAUUGUACAAUAUUUUAAGAUUGGGCAGUUUUGCAGAAGAAAUAACAUGGCUACAUUUCCUUUCACUUGCAUCAGUGACAAUUAGUGAGAACCUUACAGAGGCAAUGAAAACUGUUUGUGAAAUUCUAACAACAGACUUGGAAGGUGGUGCGAGUAGGAUUGAUUUCAAAGUCUUCAAAGAACUGUACACAUACCUUGCAAUGAUUGAUGGUGAAAUUCCAACGGAGCAUGUAAAUAAUGUCUUGGAACAUCUGCAAUAUGAUGUCGAAAAACAAAAUGGUUUGAUUUCACCAGAAAACUUCAUGCAUGAGUCAUGUCCUCCUUUAGCUUCACAGAUCUAACAAACAUUUAUACAGUGAGUGACAUUGUAGUGUGUAGCCAUUCACCUGGCUGUGUGGAUAUGUUAAUGAAUGUAAAUAGACUAUAUGUCUCAAGACAUUAAUGUUGUUUAACUUGUUUUAUAGUUCUUACUGUUAAUUUAAGACCAUUCUUUUGAAUUAUUGUAAAUACAGGCAGUAGUUUAUAAUCAUUCUCCAGCAGUCUGGCACAAAGAUCUAUCCUCAGUAUAAACAACUGUAAUGAAGCACAUCCUUGGUGCAAUAUCUAGCAAACACCUGCAUCAUGUUGGGCUGCCAUAGGAUUCUGGUUGAUUAAAAAGGUUGUUAAAAAUGUCAGUGUAUGUUAUCUUCUA